AUGAAGAAAGUACGUUUCGAGUCACCUGUUAAAGCUUUUAAAAUACAAGCUAUGCAAGAUUCAGAGUGUCACUCCCCUCGCCCUUUUAUUGAGAGACAAGUAAAGUGUAUACCCAACAUAAAUAUCUUAGAUUUUAAGCCAGUACCUUAUACAAAUGACCCUAUACAGACGUAUGAGUGUAGUAAUUCCUCACCAUGUCCUAAAGUAAGUAAAACUUAUUUAACAAAUAUAUCUAACAUAGAUAAUAAUAAAUGGGUACCUUCCAAUGAGCUCGAAUUAAGCACUCUUGAUUGUGCACAUUAUGAUGGCGGGAGUACAUUACUAAAAUCGAAUAUUACAGUAUGUUCUGAUAAUAGAAACUUGAAAAGCAAUUUCAACAUACAACCGAGUAGGUUAAACGACUCAAUACAAAUAUUGUCUCAUACAGAUAAUAAGGUAUCUUCAAAACCUACAAAUACUUUAAGUAAAAGUGAUGACUUUUUCCUAAAAAAAGAUGACUUAAAAAACUUGAAAAGUAAAAUGAGUACUUUACAUUUAGAUAAAGAAAAUAACCCACUUCUAAAAAAAAAAGAAUUAAUGCAUUUAGGAAGUUAUCAUGUACAAAUGCAUGCUCCUACUUAUAACAACCCUAUGAUUAUUGAUAAUGUUUGUAGAUGUCAUAAUUGUGUCCAAAUAUUACAUUCAAAACCAUCACCAAUAAGAAACAAAGUUCUAUCGGCAAAUAGUAAUAACUUUAAUACUUGUCAUUGUGUAACUAAGCCUGUAAGUCAUCCUGUAUCAUGCUGGCCUUGUUCUUAUCAAGCUAUAAAUCCUUUUCCACCAAUGUGUGGUUGUAGUAAUUCUUCACCUAAAAGUACUCUUAAAAAUGCAGUUGAUAAAAAAACUUGGGAUAUUGAAAGAUAUGAAAAAAGCCAAAAAACAGAGUGUUUGGAUUUAGAAGUGCAAAAUAGUACUACUAAAGAGAAAAGAGAGCCAACAGUUGCUGAUUUAUUUAAAAUAAUAAAGUUACAAAAUGAACAGUUGCAGCUCUUGCAAGAAAAGGUUGAUAAGUUUAUUUCUACUAAUAAUAAAAAUGAAGCACAAGUUACACAACCUAUUCAGAAUUAUGUGACAGAGCAUGUAGCAGUGGAGUCUGUUGGGUCAGAACAAAAAAUAUCUAUAGGAGUAAUGACAAGUUUUGAAAUGAUUCGAACAUCCACUAUAAUUAAUAAAGAAAUAGUUAAGCAAAAUGAGGCCCAAAUUCAAUGUAAUCGAUCUCAAAUAAGUAUUAAAGAAGUUGUGGCCAAGACACAUCCAGUGAAUUUAAAUUUUCUUGAUGGUAUAACACCUGUGACAAAAGGUCAAACUAAACCAGAAAACAAGAAUAAUAAAGAAGAACAAAUUGAAUUCACCAAAAACACAGAUAACUUCAAUGAAGAUAAGACACUGAAUGAAAUGAGUUUAUAUAAUAUCCAGGUAGACAAUGCAAUUACUCCUCUUAUGUCACCAGAACAAAGCUUAUAUUUGGAUGUUAGAGACUACAGUGAUUCUGAUGCCAGUAGUGAUGACCAGUCUAAUGUAGGAUGGACAUAUUACAAUAAAGUUAUGACACAUGUAAAUGGCAUCUUACAAGAGUCUGAUAUGCCCUCUUCUGCCAGUGCAUUGUAUAGGAAAGCUCGACAAAAAUGUAUGCAGGUGCAAAUUGAUAAGACUAAUGUUAGUGCAAAGAGGGUAACAUUUGGUGACGAUCCAUUAAUCAAUCAACCAGUGCAAGCCCACAUUAAUGCUCCUACAACUGACACAAGCCUAAAAAUGAACCAGCUGGCUGCAAAGUAUCUCAAGAAUGGUCCACUAAUAACAAACUCCCCAUCACCAAAACCUACAGUUAUGCCCCUAGAUAUGUCUUUGGCUACAAGAAACUACAUGGAAAAGCACAAGCUUUUACAGCAAGGUACAAACCUUCCUCAAAAACCAUGCACUCAGUUGGAAAUCCCAAGGUUCUUAGACAUUACGGCUUUGAAGCAGCAACCUAAAUUGUUA